AUGAUGAUGAUGAUGUUGUUGUGUUUGAUGGGAUGGUCGAUCGGAAAUUUACUAUUAGUCGGCAGUCAAGCAGCCCAUUCAAGCACCGACAUCACACACUUUACACUGGGAGCUGAAAUUGCAUUAAAUGAAUGUUUGCGACAAUUUUCAUUUGAGCGCUGGACAUGUCCCGAGAGUACCUUCAAAAUUGUGACCGACCAGUCCACGGCUCAGUUACCAGCAAACAGAGAGAUAGCCUUUAUUCAGGCAAUUAUCAGCGCCGGUAUUGUCUAUACGGUUACCCGAAACUGUAGUUUAGGACAACUCGAUAGCUGUAGAUGUUUGACACAACAACAGAGAGGAGGAGGAGGAAGACAUCAUCGCCAACAACAGAUUAGCCAAGAGUUGGCCGAUAAAACCUUCAAAGUGGACGACAGUUGCAAAGGUAGUAUCGAUGAGGGAUCCCGUAUAUCAAAGAUAUUUUUGGACGACAGGGAAACGGGUCACGACUUUAAAGCCAUAGUCAGACUACAUAACCAUGAAGUGGGACGAUAUGCCGUCAGAGAAACAAUGAUCAAGACAUGCAAAUGUCACGGUAUGAGCGGCUCCUGUACUAUGCAAACCUGUUGGCUACGGAUCAACAGUUUUGAAGCCGUCGGCGACUAUCUGAAACGGGCCUACAAACUGGCCAUCAAAGUCAACAGCAAUCACAACAGCAAUCAUAAUCAUAAUCGUCUGAAUCUGACUCGGCUGGCCUUUACGGAAGAAUCGCCCGACUAUUGUGUGGCCAAUCAGACACUCGGCUCGAACGGUACACUUGGCCGCUACUGUUCGAAACGUCGGGCCCGGGAUGUGAGCAAAGAGGAGAAAAAAAGUUGUCGCCGAUUGUGUACGGAUUGUGGACACAAAAUUAGACGACAACGCCGUCGGGUGAUUACGUCGUGUAAUUGUAAAUUCAAAUACUGUUGCGAAGUCGAGUGCCAGAGCUGUGCCAAAGAGCAGUUCCAGUUUGUCUGUAUUGCCAAACAUUAGUAGAGAGAGAGAGAGAGGAKAGGAUAAGAUAAGGGACAGUCAUGUGUCAUGUCAUACAUAAGCCAUAACACACACACACACAUACAUAUCAUGGCAUCAUUGGAUCAGAGAGAGAGAGAGAGAGAGAGAGAGAGAUCUUCAGCUAAUCAUUGACCCUCUGAUAUGAUUGACUUAAUAAUAAUAAUAUUAAUAAUAAUCUGUGA